GAAAGCAUCUAUCCUCGUCCGAAGUUUGACCAUUCUUUCUGCACAGAAAAGAUACGGGACGCGCAGUCUAUUUCUUAUAUGUCUAUGCGCGCUUUGUACUUCGUUUUAACGCUUGCACGUGUUUACUUGUUUCCUCAAAUUUGUUAUUUGUGUAUUACACACAUGGAUGCUCACGAUAUUUUUAAAAUACUCGCGAAAGGCUGUAAAUUUGAUGUUAAGCGUUUUCGAAGAGAUGCAGAAUUAUUUGGAUUGGUAAAACCAAGUAAACAUGACAUAAAGAUUAAGGAAGAAAACAUACCGGAAGAAGAGGAAGCGUCAGAACCACUUGUUGUAGAAAAUAACAGAAAACGAAAAUGUGAAGAAAGAGAUGACAACACAAAUAAUGGAAUAAUUAUGUUCGACGGAGAGUCAACAUCAAAGAAUGAAAGUGUUCCAGCUAAGAAACAGAAAAAGACUAAAACUGCUGAUAAAAUAAUGAAACUAGAGCAAGAAAAGAUAAAUCACUUGAGAAAUUUGAAUCGCAUUUCAGUCACUGGUACUCAUGUACCUAAGUUAAUACUAGAGUUUGAUGAAUUGAGAAUAAACUACCAGGUAUCAGAAAAUCUAUUGAACAAUAUGAAAACCUGUGGAUAUAUGUAUCCAACACCAAUACAGAAACAAGCAAUACCAGUUAUGUUGGAGAAUAGACAAAUACUUGCUUGCGCUCCAACGGGAUCAGGAAAAACUGCAGCAUUUUUGCUACCUAUAAUUCACAGUUUACAAGGACCGCAAAAAAAAGGUUUUCGUGCUGUUAUUUUAAACCCUACGAGAGAGUUAGCCAAACAAACAUAUAGAGAAGCUUUACGACUAAGUCAUGGUUAUGAUUUUAGAAUUCAUAUUAUUAACAAAAUAAAUCAAGCCAAAUACGGACCAUCAAGUUCACAACAAUUUGAUAUUUUAAUCACUACUCCAAAGCGGCUAGUCUUUCUUCUAAAUCAAGAUCCACCAGCUAUUUCAUUAAACAAUGUAGAGUGGUUAAUUGUUGAUGAAGCGGAUAAACUAUUCGAAGAAGGUAUACGCGGAUUUCGAAAACAGUUGGAAGAAAUUUCGAGAGCUUGCACCAAUCCAUAUUUACGUCGAGGUAUGUUCAGUGCUACAAAUACUCCCGCAGUAUCCAAGUGGUGUCGUACUAACAUGAAGAGACUUGUAACAGUAACAGUUGGACACAGAAAUGCAGCUGCAGACACAGUAGAACAAAAACUCGUAUUUGUUGGCUGGGAAAGUGGUAAAUUACUGGAACUUAGAAAUAUUAUUCAGAAGGGUAUAACUCCGCCUGUUUUAAUAUUUGUACAAAGUAAAGAACGGGGUCAGAAACUCUUCAAAGAGCUCAUUUAUGACGGUAUCUACGUCGAUGUUAUUCACUCUGACAGAACAAUGACGGAGAGAGACAACAUUGUACGUGGUUUUAGAGAAGGAAAAAUUUGGGUUCUGAUUUGCACCGAGUUGAUGGGCAGAGGCAUAGAUUUUAAAGGUGUAAAUCUUGUUAUAAAUUAUGAUUUCCCGCCGUCCGCUAUCUCUUACAUCCACAGGAUAGGUCGUACAGGUCGUGCCGGUCACAAAGGAAAAGCUAUAACGUUUUUCACUAUAGAGGACAAAGAAAAUUUACGAAGUAUCGCGGCGAUUAUGCGCGAGUCCGGAUGCGAAGUACCGGAAUAUAUACUGGCCAUGAAGAAGCGCAGCAAGAAGAAACAGUUUAAGGAUCAGAUCAUGGCGUCACCACGCAAAAAAGCACCCACCGCGCCCAGCGCACAACAACGCAAGCAGAAAAAGCAAAGCAAAAAGUCGAAAGAAACAGACAUGCAAGUAAACGAUUGAGUGGUAUAGUGUUAUGUAAGUAGCGUAACAAGAGAAAACUUUUUACUGUGAGAGAAAUUUUAUAUCAAGGACAACUAGGUAUACCAUAAAAAAGUUGAAA